AUGACAGAGCACACCUCAGGAAGAAUGAAGGGUUUAGUGUGUUUACUGCUGCUGUUGGAAACCUUCGUGUGUGUCGUACAUCCGCAGGUCGAUGGAGGACUCGGUGGGAAUGAGAUCAGUCAUCAGCUCAGAUCUGAGGACGGAGGACAGAAUCCCCUCAAAGCAGACACUUGGAGAGCUGAAGCUUCACCUGACAGCAGACUGUACGGUCAUCUGUGCUUACCUGACAUCCACGCCGCUCUGAGAGGAACUGACCGCCACCGUCACAGAGCAGAGAGCGGACAUCAGAGCCUCGAGACGCGACUGAGGGAUGCUGAGAAAGCUGCAGAACAACAGACCUUCGUCCUGGAGGAGCUGAGCAAGAAACAUGACGGAGUUAAUAUAUCACAAUAUUGCUUAUGUUUUUCAACAACAGACAGAGAGAUAGCAUUUUCAGCUUCACUGCUGCAAUCUGGCAGCGGAGAUAUUGGUCCUUCUACCACUGAUAUCAUACUAGUCUACAGGAACGUCUUCACAAACAUAGGGAAUGCCUACAACCCAAUUACAGGUAUCUUCACAGCCCCGCUGAAAGGAGUGUACGUGUUCACAUUCUCCGUCUAUGCUCAUGGUAGUCAGUCAAAUCCAGCAAACGCCCACAUUGUGAAGAAUGGAAAGGAUGUACUUAAGGCAUAUGCUCAUCAGACUCAGGGUGCGUUGAACUCCUCUAAAGCAGUCGUGUUGGUCCUGGAGGCUGGAGAUGUGGUCUAUGUGAAACUUUGGCCUAGCAGCAAGAUUCAGGAUAACGGGAAUAACCACAACACUUUCAGUGGAUACAUGCUGUUUCCCUUAAGAUAACAGGAGCUUUCAUCAAUGUGAUUUCAAUCAUUCUGACCCUUUAGUGUAUGAUUUAAGAUGAAGCAUUAAUAUAUAAACCUGUAUUAAUGAGAAAU